GUCAAAAAGAACGCACUAAAUAUAUUUAAAACUGUACGAGUAAUUAAGGCCGACAGACAAACGAUACGGGCAGAUGGGCGGGCGGACGGAAUCACCAAAAAUGAAAAAUAGAUUCGAGAUGUUCAACUGGAGGAUAGUGAGCUUAAUUCUUCUCAUCGUUAUUGCGAUCGUCACCUCUCAAGAUUUGGAACUGUUAGCGCGACCCAUACGACCGGAGAAAUUUACCAGUCAUGGUGAAUUACAAGAUUAUCUUCAGAAAUUAAAGGCUUACCACCUACAAAAUGGACACAGGUAUGGCAAACGAUUCUACGCUCCAGCUGAAAACAAACUACAAAAGCAAUUUCUACCAGAAAAUUGGCAAGACAUCUACGAAAUUGUUAAGCACUACGAAGACAAUUAACACUUGAUUCGUUACCUUUUGAUUUCUUCAGUAUAAAUAUAGGUAUCAUGUAUAAACGUUUAAUUCUGUAUUAAAUAUUUUAUACGUA